UUUGUUUAUUCCCCAACCCUACUAACCUUCUCCGUGCCUAAUUUUUCACAUAUUACUUACCACAUCCUUCAAAUGAAAUUUUUUUAAGUAUGUAAGGAACAUGAUUCGUUGAUAUACUUAGUUAGAAAUUUUUCUUUAAGUUUCUAAUCAAAUGCAUUACGAUAGUUCAUGUAUUGAUUCAUAUUUUUGGAAUUAAAAAAAAAAAAAAACCUACAAAUUAAAAACGAAAUGAUUAUCGAAAAUUGUUUCAUUUUACCCAACUCUCGUUUGCUUUGGCUGCGAAGACAGACACCAAGAAAGAACGAAAUUUUAAAAAACAAGACCGAAAAUUGCGAAAAGAAAAUCUCAACCCACCAUGGAAGUAAAGGAACUUGCUUUCCCAGAAGUUGUAUCUUUUAGCUGAACAUAAGAUUAUGAAAAUACCAUCUUUUUCGACAUUCAAGUUGUCUCCAGACGACUUGGCUUUGCUUUUGCAGAAAUGCAUGAAAGCAAAGGCUCUGAGACAAGGCAAGCAAAUUCAUGCGGUGCUGUUAGCAAGUGGGGUGGACAUGAAUUUGUUAUCUUUGAGUUCAAAGCUUGUGGGGAUGUAUGCUGGUUGUGGGGAUGUUGGGUACGCACACCAAACGUUUGAUAAAAUUCCCAAGCCAAACGUUUUCGCGUUGAACUGGCUGGUUUUGGCGUCGGCGUUUAAUGGUCAGUUUGAGGACGCUAUUGGGUACUUUUAUUUGAUGCAAGAGUUGGGAAUUGUUGGCAACAAGUUCACGUUUCCUGUCGUGCUUAAAGUUUGUGUUGGUUUGAUGGAUUUGAACAAGGGAAAGGAAGUUCAUACUGUGGUGAAUAAACUUGGUUUUGAAAAGGAUGUAUCUUUGGCAAAUGCCUUGAUUGACAUGUAUUAUAAAUGUGGAAGUUUGUGUUAUGCUCGUCGCGUGUUUGAUAGGAUGCUCGACAGAGACGUUAUUUCUUGGACGUCGAUGAUAUGCGGGUAUUUUAACAUAGGAAAGACCGAUCAAGCGCUCCUCUUGUUUGAGAGGAUGAGGUUGGAUGGAUUGGAACCGAAUGAUUUCACAUGGAAUGCAAUGAUAGCGGGGUUUGCUCGGUGUGGAGAUACAAAUCGAGCAUAUGCACUUCUGUCUAGGAUGACUAAAGAGGGAUCGGUUCCUGAUUUGGUUACUUGGAAUGCGUUGAUUUCAGGUUUUACCCAAGGCCAGCAUGCUGAUGAAGCAUUUAAACUGUUCAGGAUGAUGUUGGUGUCUGGAAUUAAGGUGAACCUCGUGACUAUCACAGGGUUGCUACCAGCUUGUGGGAUCAUUGGUUCAAUUCAAAGAGGGAGAGAAAUUCAUGGAUUGAUCUACAGGAUGGACUUUGACGUAAAUGUGUUUGUUGCUAGUGCUCUUAUCGAUAUGUACUCAAAAUGUGGCAGUGUGAAAAAUGCUCGAAGUGUGUUUGACCAGAAUCCUGUAAAUAACAUUGCAUCAUGGAAUGCAUUGAUUGGAUGUUAUGGUAAGUACGGUAUGGUUGAUUCCUCCAUAGAGCUUUUUGAAAGAAUGCAAGCAGAAGGAGUGCAGUUAAAUGAAGUGACUUUGACAUGCGUACUUUCUGCGUGCAGCCACAGUGGUUAUGUAGAGAAAGGUUUAAAGAUUUUCAAGUCCAUGAAAGUGUGUCAUGGAGUUGAGCCAGGUACAGAACAUUAUGCUUGUGUUGUUGAUCUCUUGUGUCGGUCAGGAAAAAUGGUAGCAGCUUACGAAUUGGUUAAGGGAAUGCCUAUAGAAGUCACUGAAUCUAUCAUUGGAGCCUUUUUCAACGGUUGCAAAGUCCAUGGAAGAAGAGAUCUUGCUAAAAUGAUGGCUGAAGCUAUUCUAAAAAUGGAGUUAAAGAGACCUGGAGGUUUUGUAACACUUUCGAAUAUCUAUGCUGCUGACGGAGAAUGGGAAGAGGUUGAGAACGUAAGGAUGGUGAUGAAGCAGAGGAAGAUUCUCAAGCAACGUGGAUUUAGUUGGCUCGAUAAAGGGAUGGCUUUGUCAGACUUGCAGUAGAAAAGAAGUCAAGAGAGUGUGUAUCCAAGACACAAGAUCAAAACGGAGAAGCGGAUGGUGAAUCUAAACAUGAACUGUUGAACUUGGCGGCUGAACAAGUACAGAAAACAAUGGGUUAGCAAGAAAGUCAAAAGACAGAUAUGAACUUAAGGUUCUCAAACCAUGUUUGGAAAUUACUAAAGAGAAAACAUGAGGAUUGUUUUCAUGUGUUGUCUAGUUCUUAUCCAUACUUUAGACAAAAUUGCACAAAGGAUUGUCAUAAGAUGCAUGCAGCUGGCUGUCAUCCAUUAAUAUAUCAAAUCAAUUUGGUUCUUUUCUUGGU